AUGUGGUGGUAUGAAUUUCCAAGUGAUUCCAUGGCGGGCACAGUAGAGCUGUAUGUCAAUCAUAAAUAUGAAAGAAACAGUGCAGCUGAGGAAUGUAAGGGACCUCCAAGCAGAUCUCAAGCAAUUGCUUUACAUUUUUCACCACCAAAACCCACCAGUGAAAGCAAGUUACCGACAAAAAUGAGAAGUCCAGUAGGAUUUAAAUCUGCCUGUCAGAAAAAUGUGAAAAACACCAUAAAGAGGAAACCAGUUGAAGUCAGACAAACAACAGCAAGUAGACUGCGCAUGGAAAAAGCUAAUCCUUUACUUACCAUUGGGAAAUGUACAGGAUUAACUUCAACAUUUAAAGUUAGAACUCCUGCUUCAUCACUGGUGAGAAGCACAAAUAUUGCAAGGAAACCAUUCACAACAACUACAGCAGCAGCACCAAAACAAUUGUAUAAGGUUCCAAGGUGCAAUGAAAAGAAAAUUAACAAUGAAAAGAAAUAUACUGGGCCAGUACAGCAGAAGAGUUCUGUACAGACUUUGAAAAAAAACUCCCAAUGCAUUUAAACCAGUUAAUCGAAUAAAAAAUGUUAAUGCCAAUGUAAGCGGUGUCUCAAAGCUUCCCCCCGUCAACACAGAAGAAUAGACCACAGCUCUCUGCAGGUGCCAGACAGAAAAAUGUUCCUACAACAAAUCACCGUACAGGACUGAGGCGCUCAUCAUCUGCCACAACAUUUCAUUCACAUGUCGGUUCCAUGCAGGUAAAGAGUGUGAGAAGCCCUUCAGUUCCAGACAUAUCAAGAGUAUCUAAAAUUGGCCAC